AUGUUGCUGGCACUGCCUGACAAUUGGUUUGUCAAAAACUUUCAGCUCCCCACUCCUACUUCGAAAAGUAGAAGCACGAUCUGGAAUACCACUGCUGGCUUUAUUCACCGCAUCCAAUUCGUUGAGAAACUUUUUUUUCGCAGCGAAUGGCACAAUUUAUGGGCAACGUCCGCUAUUGAAGCGACUUGUGGCUUCAUAAAUAUAAAUGUAAUCACUCGACUUGUUCCUUGUUCCUUUCUCAUCAU